CAGUGUCCAGACGGGGGCGAUGGCCGCUGGCCGCUGGCCGCUUCAUUCAACAGAUCAGUGAAGUCCCACAGCACUCAAACUGUGCAGGACCACAGAUGUGAGGCGCUCGCAAGAGUCAAACAGCUGGUUUUAUCGCGUAUCUACGCUCCUGUCGCUCCCCUGUUACAGCCAGAAAUAUGAAAACAUGGUAGUUAAAACCAGAAAAUCAAAUGCCAAGGACCAGAGCAGCGAGAAGGACAGGAGUCAGUCCGUGUCGGGGAAAAGCAAGCGUGCCAAAGAUGGGAAGGGCUCGGCUUCCCAGAGUAAAAACGGAGUUUUUGCAGGGUUCAUUAGAAGCAAAUUAGGUUUGAGCCCGUCCGCUUUUGCAAGAGGAAUAUCAGUGUUGGUUCUCGCUCUUAUUGUGGGAUUUUUACACUGGUAUCAUCUCUCACAUCUAUUUGAAAAUGACAGACAUUUUUCCCACAUGUCGUCUUUGGAAAAGGAGAUGGCCUUUCGAACAGAGAUGGGACUGUAUUACUCAUAUUUCAAGACCAUCAUUGAGGCUCCUUCUUUCAUGGACGGUCUUUAUAUGAUCAUGAACGACCGUCUCACUGAAUACCCUCUAGUGAUAAACACUCUAAAGAGGUUUAACUUGUACCCUGAGGUGUUCUUGGCCAGCUGGUACAGAGCGUACACCAGCACAAUGGAUUUCUUUGGUAUUCCUACCAAGAUGUGUUGGACCAUCAACAGAGGGGAGGGUCUAGAUCCAGUGGAGAGUUGUGAAGGUCUGGGGGAUCCUGCUUACUUUUAUGUCACAUUUGUGUUCCUGUUAAAUGGGGCAAUGAUGAGCCUCUUCUUCAUUUAUGGAACAUAUCUGAGUGGCAGUCGACUGGGUGGCACUGUUACAGUUCUGUGUUUCUUCUUUAAUCAUGGAGAGAGUACUCGGGUCAUGUGGACACCACCUCUGAGAGAGAGCUUCUCCUACCCCUUCCUGGUUCUGCAGAUGCUUCUGCUCACUUACAUCCUCCGGACAAGGAACCCAAGCAAGAAUACCAUGAUGGCUCUGGGGAUCUCCAAUAUUUUCUUCAUGCUACCAUGGCAGUUUGCUCAGUUUGUCUUACUUACCCAGGUGGCAUCCCUUUUUGCUUCAUAUAUCCUGGGAUAUCUGAGUCCGGCAAAAAUGCAGUCUGUCUUAGUAACUCACAUGAUCUCCUUGGCCGUCUGUUUUCUUCUAAUGUUUGGGAACUCGAUGCUGCUGACAUCCUUUUACGCCUCUUCACUGGUCUCCAUCUGGGGGGUAAUUGCACUCAGGGAUCGUUUGGCCGGUAUAUUCAAACCUGGACUCUUCACAUGGGUCAUGCAGUGCCUUGCAUGGGUGGUCUCCACUGUCAUUCUGAAGUUCAUGCUCUCAGUGAUCUUUGGGGCAUCAGAUGAUGCCCACAUCAGCAGUCUGAUCAAAUCCAAGUUCACAAGCUACAAAGACUUUGACACAAUGAUGUACACGUGUGCUGCUGAGUUUGACUUCAUCGAAACAGAGACUCUCAUCCGGUACAUCAAAACCAUGCUGCUUCCAAUUAACAUGCUGAUUGUGGGUUUUAUUGCUGGAAGGACUAUACAGGACAUUACUGUGUUUCUCAGAAAUGAGAAGACAGAAAAGUCAGAAGAUGAUGAAAUGGAGCAGAGCCAGAUGUUGGCAAAGGGAGUGCUGGUGUAUCACAGUCUGCAGCUGGUGGCGUUUGCAGUGCUAGCUGUGCUCAUCAUGAGACUGAAGCUCUUCCUCACUCCCCACAUGUGCAUCAUGUCCUGUUUGAUCUGCUCCAGACAGCUGUUUGGCUGGUUAGGAGAGAAGUUUAAACUCCAGCUGACAGUCGUGGGAAUAUUAUCCAUCAUGGCAGUCCAAGGAGUCACCAACCUGCAGAGUCAAUGGGACAUCAUAGGAGAAUUCAGUAACUUCCCUCAAGAAGAGCUCCUUGAGUGGAUCAAAGACAACACGAGCCCUAAUGCUGUGUUUGCUGGUGCAAUGCCCACCAUGGCGAGUGUGAAAUUGUCCACAGGAAGAGCUAUAGUGAAUCACCCGCACUAUGAAGACGCUGGAUUGAGAGAAAGAACAAAGAUGGUGUAUGCCAUGUACAGCCGAAAGCCAGCUGAGGUAGUGAAGCGAAACUUAAUAAAGCUGCAGGUGGACCAUUUCAUCCUAGAGGACUCGUGGUGCACCAGACGCUCCAAGCCCGGUUGCAGCAUGCCUGAGAUCUGGGAUGUGGAGGAUGCACAAAAUGCAGGAAAGGUGCCACUUUGCACUCUUAUGUGGAAGGAUUCUCGUCCUCACUUCUCCACAGUCUUUCAUAACAAUAUUUACAAAGUCCUUCGUGUUCCCAAAACAGUAGGAGAUAUGAGAUAACAGCAGUUUUUUUUUUCCCUCACCUUACUGUUUUCCUGUCUUUGAUAUAUAUGUGUGUGUAUGUACACAGCAAUGAUUAUUUUUGUAAAGGUCAGAUGUGUUUUUCUUGAGCCCUGCACUUUGGUGUCUGUUUUGUUUUGAUGAGCUGUAAAAAAUUCCUUUUCACUUAAAGGAAUAGUUCACACAAAAAUGAAAUUUUGCUGAAAAUGUACUCUAAGUUGUAGAUGAGUUUGUUUCUUCAUCAGAACAGAUUUGUCCAAACAGACUUUUAUUAUUUCUGGCGGCACCCAUUCACUGCAGAGGAUCCAUUGGUGAACAAGUGAUGUAAUGCUUAAUUUCUCCAAAUCUGUUCUGAUGAAGAAACAAACUCAUCUGCACCUUGGAUGGCUUGAGGGUGAAUCAAUUUUAAGCAUAUUUACUUUUUUUGAUGAACUAUUCCUUUAACCAUCUGUUCUCAUGCUUGUUAAAAUGUCUUUUAUUAGGAUGACUGUGAUUUUUGCCAUCGAUGGUGCUGCUGUUUGCAUAUGGUCCAGACAAUUGUUUACUUAAAUCAUUUCACUUUUUGUGCAUAAAAUAUUUUAUUCAAUCUCUUUUGAAUUUUCAACCUGUGAUGUUUUGUAAAACACUUUUUGUGUAUAGUUUUAAAAUUUACAUUUGUUUUGGGCAGAUGCUCUUACCAAAGUGACCUACAAAAAGUUAUAUAGUUUAAGGGAGGAUUAUGAUAGUCUAUAGUGUUAUUUUUUUAAAUCUGCAAACUCAAUUUUAUUAGUCAACGGUUGUAAAUAAACUGCUUGUUACUCUUUUGUGUGUGGAAAUCACGAUCAGUGUUAUGUAUUAGAAUAGCUAUCUUCAGUAUUGUUUGUUUUUUGUUUGUUUGUUUUAAAUGUAUCGUCUUGCUCAGCUGUAUUUUCAUUUGGAUCAUAUAGGUUUCUGUACUGAAGUUUACCAGUGCUAGUGUUGUGCUCAUUUCCCAAGAGUAAGGAAAUGGCAACAGACAAGUUUUUGUCCCAAUUCCUUUCCUGAUGUCAUGUCAUAAUAAUAGUCCUUUAAAAACCAAGCUUAAGGACUGUAAUCACUGCCGUAGUGUUAUUAAAGAUAUCAAUUUGUAGCAUGUGUUCUAUUGUAAUUCAGAAGUGUCCUUUACAUUUCAACUGACAUGCAUGUGAAGUGUUCAAGUGUUUUUUUUUUUUUUUUUGUCUUUUAUCAAAUGUGAGGAACUGAACAUUUUUUAUUUUACCAAAUAAAUGUUAUUUGAGUCAAUCAUUGGAUCUUUUUGUUGUUUUUAAGUAUAAUGUUGAUGUGAAUUCUAAGGCACAAUGUUUGUUUUCAUCAACUGAACUGGACCAUGUGGUCAGAUUAUUUAGCUGGUGAAGAAGUCUACUUGUGUUUGUAAAUUGCUAAUAAGAGUAUACAUAACUUUAAUUUUCUUUGAAUCGUCCCCAUUCUCACACACACACAAAAAAAAAGAUAUUUGGUUAGUGUGCCUUGUUUAUUAAAAAAAAAAAAAAAAAAAAAGAUUUGAAACCACAUUUGGCCCUCUAGCGAUUAGAAAAUAAAACUGCAUGAGUCAUACGGAAGAUGUUAGCGCUUUUGCUCUUCGUGUAUGAAUAUGGUUCAUUUGAUCACAACAGGUUUGAAUUUAACCGUUUUUAAUUAUCUAUAGUGAAUUUUUCUCGUUCGUUGUGACACUUUCAGAUUUAUGCUACCCGCAGUGGAACGUUUCUCUGUGUACGGACGUGACGUAUGCAUGGAAUUUCCCGCGAAAUCCGUCCCGACAGCUCUAAAAUAAACCUAUAAUUAUGAUUUAUAGCCAAUGAACUUGUAUUUGGCUAAAAUAAUGACAUAGUUUGGAAAACUACGGAAGACUGCUAUAUAGAGAGAGACAGAGUAUGUAGCAUUAAUAUUAUUCAGGGAAAAAAAAUCCCACAAAAUAAAAACCAAGACAAACGGUAGAUUAAAGACAUCAGACAUUUUUUUUUUUUUUCCUUUAAUAAACAACUUCAAUAUUACAAAAGACAGCUCUCUCUCUCCCCUGUGUGCGCAUAUUGUACAAAUUCAAAACUGAUUUGGCCAGUUCACAAGGGAAACAUCUGUCUGAACUGGGCAGAAUUCUGUAAAAAUACAUGUACGUUGUGCAGACAGAAGCUCAGAACACCACGGCAGCAAUACUUGUUCAGAGUCUUACUGUGAGGCUAAUAAAGGAAGAUGCUAACUGCAUAUGACUAAAAACCAUCUUCCGAAUAUUCAAAUUCAUUCCCACCCACAGACUCCAGCAUUUAUUGAUCACAUUUAACAAGCAACUUGCUGCAAGAGUGAAAGUGUACAGAAUGAACCUAGUGAUUUAUAAAUCAAAGAGUGCUUUCACAUACGGUAUAGUAGUCAGAGGUAUUUCACUGUCACUGUGGGAUCUAUGAAGCGCUGUGUGAGCAUGUGGGCAAGAAGCUAGCUUACUACUGCAAAUAAAUUACUCAAUUCAAAUGAACUAUAUUUGGCAACUCCUAAAGCUAUAGAAGUUUCCACCACAAAAUAAAAAAAAACAAAUAAGGUAAUUCUGAGUUUACAUCUCACAAUUCAGAUUUUUUUCACCUCAGAAUCACAAGGGGAAAAAAAUAAAUAAAUUCACUUUUGUGAAAUAAAAAGCCACAAUUACCUUUUUUAUUUUUUAUCCCAUGGUGGAAAUAAACUUCCAAACAGUAUAAACCAGGCAAAAAAGUCUGCAAAAAAAGGUCAAUAUCUGUAGACGUUAAAAUGUUUUCAGCAUGAACAAAAUGGCAUAAAAAGGCAACUUUUUUGUCCAGUGUAAAAUUAAAAAGACAUUUUUCAUAAAAUGAAAAGCAAAAAGGAGGACGUUAUUUUUUAUUUAUUUUCUUUACAUAAAAAGUAGUGUGGAGAAAGAGUGCAAAAAAGGAGUUUCCUGAGACUGCUCUAGAUUAAAUAAGUUGUUGUUAGGCCUAUAGCCACGAUGGCAAGCCUACCUAAAGUGCACAUUAACACCAGUAACAGAAGAGGAAAGAAAUGACAGGCCAACAACACUGCAGCAGUCCUUCUGCCCCAUCAUGCCUCUGCGUCGCCUACUUGACCAUUAAAUGACC